AUGACGCAAACACAGCAACAUUUCCAGAGCCAUCUGGACGUUUUUGCACCCUCAAUCUUAUACAUCGCGGUCAUUACGAGGUCCACGGGGAUCCAGAUCAAAGUCAGCUUCCUGCAAGCAGAGCCCUACCCACUGCUGCUGUUCCUUUUGCCUUCAUGCGCCGCCCCGCACCUGCCGCUUCUGCUUCCACCGAAACACCACGACCUUCCCCUGGAACUCCACGAGCUACUGGCCUGUUCCCUGCAAGAUCCUUCCAAAGGUUACAUGUCAAUCCAUGUUGCUGACAUAGUGAAUGACAAGCUCAGUACUUCCAGGACAGUUGUCAUUCGCUUUUUGGAAGCUGAUGCAACUGUUGAACGAAUAACAGCAAAGGUGAAGGAUGCAUUAGGCUGUGAUGAGCCAAUUACCCUGACAGACAGCCAAGGAAAUGAAAUAGUGGACUCAGAUGGCACAAGAAGUUCCCAAUACUGGAAACAAAACUCCAGAAAAAUCUACGCCACCUCUGAAUAUGACUUUGUAGAGUUCCAGAAUGGAAGAAGAGCCAAAGCAAGUCGAAGGGCUGAAGACAGUUUGAGUGCACAAGAGGUCAUUGGUAAAAUCAACCAACCAAAGCAAGCUGCAGAGAGCCUCCAAGACAUCACUACAACCAUAAACCAGCUGUCUGAGCUUGCAAAGUCCAAAACCACAAUAGUAAUGCCAGAUGCUUGUCUGCAUUCUUUAAAGGAAGCCUUCACCUGUCUAAUCUGUAAAGCUCUAAUGGAAGAGCCCAUGUUUUCCACAUGCUGUGAUUCUCUGGUUGGAUGCCGAACAUGUGUGGAGCAGUGGCUGUUAACUGCAGAUCACUGUCUGAAAUGCAGAGCUCAAGAGUUUGACUCCAAGGUGCACCAGGUUAAGGGUCUUUCUGCUUUCCUGUCUUCUUUCAAGGAGAUACAAACAGAAUAACUCAUAUAACAUUGUUUCAGCAAGGAUGGCAUCUAUGUUACUGGAAAGCUAAAGAGGCUGCAAAGUUUGCAUUUUAGUAAACACCACAGCUGUUGAUUUUAUUAAUCUGUUUUCUCAGAGGAAGAUGAACUUGUUAAUAAAAUCAUCUGUUGUGGUGUUAUGUUGAAAUGACAACCUGCAGCUUUCCAGGAACAUGUCUAACCAUCUCUGGUUUGCAUUUUUCAUUAUCACAUUGGUUCGAUACGUGGUUAUAAUGUUUAUUCCCGUUUGAUGUUUUAUAAAACAUUUUGGAAUGGAGCAGUUGUUCCUA